UUUCACAUGUUUUAGCGUUUUGUUUAUUGCAUGGACAAAUGUUUGGUUGUUUGUAAUUAUCAAAUCAACACAUAUAUCACCGUCCAUAGUCAUGUGUUCUCUGUACAAAUGUAAUAUUACAUUGCUUACUUAGGUGUUAUGGGUUAUGAUAGAUGUUUUUGUUUAAAUUAUUAAUUAGACUGAAUGAGUGUGUGCUGACCCAAUGACAUCCUGAACCUGAAGAUAUAUAAAUGUCAACAUGAAAAGGAGAGGAUAAAUGGAUCAUACUUAUAGUAUUAGAUCAGUGCAGAUAUCUCCAAACGAACGAACACCUGAUGCCUAUUAUCAAUUAGACCGGAUAAUUGUAGACUUCAUGCAACAACAGGACAUCAUUGGUGGGUCUCUUGCAAUCUGUUUCCAUGGCAACCUCAUAUACACACAAGGAUAUGGUCUAGCUAAUUCUGGACUUAAAGCCCUGUCAUCAGCAUUAUUUAGGCUAGCCAGCAUCAGCAAGACCAUCACAGCAGUGGGGAUUCUAAAGUUAGUAGAAGAUGGGAAAUUGAAACUGGACCAGAAAAUCUUUGGCCCGAAUGGUAUUUUGAAGAAAUAUAGACCUUCUGGUAAAGGUGAUAAAAGACUUUUGAAAAUAACUGUUAAACAUUUACUGCAGCAUUCUGGGGGAUGGGACAGGGACCAAGUUGGAGAUGCUGUGUUUUGGAAGUUGCCUAAGAAAAAGAAGGAUGAUCCAUAUAGUGACGAAGCUCUCAUUAGAUAUAUGUUGUCCAGGAAAUUACAGUUUACACCUGGUAAAAGACAUGCAUAUUCUAAUCUUGGUUACUUGAUCCUUGGUAGAGUGAUACAAGAGGUGACUGGCAUGCCAUACAUAAACUAUAUCCAGGAAAUUUGUAGACCAUUCAAUGUACUACCAGGAUAUGCUAAACAGAUUGAUGCUUAUUCUUUGGAGGUUAAAUAUUUUAACAACCGUGAGAAUAUAUUGGAGCCAUCUGUGUUUGAAGAAGAAGGGUCUGUGCCAGCUCAGUAUGGGGGAUUCAAGAUGGAGGGAACGGAAUCCUAUGGGGGUUUAGUUAUGUCUGUUGUAGAACUAUUGGCACUCUUUAAUCAAAUUAACAGUGAUGAUAGACCAUUAGUUUCAGAAGAAUCUUUCCGACUUAUGAUUGAAAGGCCAAGUUAUGAGUGUGGAGACCAGUGGUAUGGGUUAGGACUUGAUGUUCAAAAUAAUGGACUAAGUUGGGGUCACACUGGGGCAAUGGAAGGGACAUCUACAACUGUCCAUUGUCAUAAAUCUGGACUAAGCUGGGCCUUGUUUUUCAACACUUGGGCUAAAGACAUGGACCUUGAUGGGCUGAUGAAGUAUGGGCUGUCAAAAAUUGUACAUCUACCACUUUGGACCAAGUCUCUUUCAAAUAAUGAAUUUGUGGUUUAUUCAGAGGAGCAAAUUGUUUAUUUACUGUUACCCUUAGAUACCUUGCAGAGUUGGAUACAGUCAUUCACAAAUUUGUGGAUAUGA